GCACUGACAGGCCGAAGAAGCUGCGGCUGCGCACAAAGCUUGCGGGGGAUGGGGGGAGGAACAUGGCGCAAGCUCUGUCUGAAGAGGAGUUUCAACGGAUGCAGACUCAGCUCCUGGAGCUCCGGACAAAUAACUACCAGCUUUCAGAUGAACUUCGGAAGAAUGGUGUUGUUCCUUGUUACCGCCUGAGGCUGAGAUUCCCUGCUUUCCCUGCACCAGAACUUUCCAGUCUUCGACAGAAGGUCGCCUACCUGGAUAAGGAGUUCAGUAAAGCUCAAAAGGCACUAAGCAAGAGCAAGAAAGCUCAGGAAGUGGAGGUACUGCUGAGUGAAAAUGAAAUGCUGCAGGCAAAGCUGCACAGCCAGGAGGAGGACUUCCGUUUGCAGAACAGUACACUUAUGGCCGAGUUCAGCAAGCUCUGCAGCCAGCUGGAGCAAUUGGAACUGGAAAACCGACAACUCAAGGAAGGCGUUCCUGGAGCAGCUGGACCACAUGUGGACGGGGAGCUGCUGAGGCUACAGGCAGAGAACACAGCUUUGCAGAAGAACAUGGCAGCACUGCAGGAACGCUAUGGGAAAGAGGCCGUGAGGCCCUCUGCUGUCGGUGAGGGCCAAGGGGAUCCCCCAGAUGUACUCCCUACUCCCCUGGCUCCCAUGCCAUUGGCAGAAGUGGAGCUGAAAUGGGAAAUGGAGCGAGAAGAAAAAAAAUUGCUCUGGGAGCAACUACAAGGCUUAGAGAGCUCAAAGCAAGCUGAAACCUCCAGACUACAGGAGGAACUUGCUAAGCUCUCUGAGAAAUUAAAAAAGAAACAAGAAAGUUUUUGCCGUCUGCAGACGGAGAAGGAAACACUGUUUAAUGACAGCAGAAACAAAAUUGAAGAACUGCAACAGCGGAAGGAAGCUGAUCUGAAAGCCCAGUUGGCUCGCACCCAAAAACUACAGCAGGAACUUGAAGCUGCCAAUCAGAGUUUGGCAGAGCUAAGAGAUCAGCGGCAGGGGGAGUGUCUGGAGCAUGCAGCAGCAUUGCGGGCCCUACAAGAUCAGGUGUCCAGCCAGAGUGCAGAUGCGCAGGAACAAGUGGAAGGGCUCUUGGCUGAGAACAGUGCCUUGAGGACUAGCUUGGCUGCUCUGGAGCAGAUCCAGACAGCAAAGACACAAGAACUGAAUAUGCUUCGGGAACAGACCAGUGAAUUGGCAUCUGAGUUACAGCAUCGGCAGGCUGAAUAUGAAGAGCUUAUGGGACAGAAAGAUGACCUCAACUCGCAGCUCCAGGAGUCGUUAAGGGCCAAUAGCCGGCUGCUGGAACAACUUCAAGGAAUAGGGCAGGAGAAGGAGCAGCUAACCCAGGAUCUUCAGGAAGCUCGGAAGAGUGCUGAGAAAAGGAAGGUCAUGCUGGAUGAGCUAGCCAUGGAGACGCUGCAGGAGAAGUCCCAGCACAAGGAAGAACUGGGGGCCGUCCGGUUACGGCACGAGAAGGAGCUGCUGGGCGUGCGAGCCCGAUAUGAGCGUGAGCUUCGAGAACUGCAUGAGGACAAGAAGCGGCAGGAGGAAGAGCUCCGGGGGCAGAUUCGCGAGGAGAAGGCUCGAACAAGGGAAUUAGAAAAUCUUCAGCACACAGUGGAAGAACUCCAGGCUCAGGUACACUCCAUGGAUGGAGCCAAGGGCUGGUUUGAACGGCGCUUGAAGGAAGCUGAGGAAUCUUUGCAGCAGCAGCAACAGGAACAAGAGGAAACCCUCAAGCUGUGCCGGGAGGAGCACGCCGCUGAGCUGAAGGGCAAGGAGGAAGAGCUUCAGAACGUGCGGGAACAGCUUCAGCAGGCCCAGGAGGAGCGAGAUGGCCACAUGAAGACUAUCAGCAAUCUGAAGCAGGAGGUAAAGGACACAGUAGACGGGCAGCGCAUCCUGGAGAAGAAAGGCAGCGCUGUGCUCAAAGACCUUAAGCGGCAGCUGCACUUGGAGCGGAAACGGGCUGAUAAGCUGCAGGAACGGCUGCAGGAGAUCCUCACCAACAGCAAGAGCCGCACAGGCCUAGAGGAGCUGGUUCUCUCUGAGAUGAACUCACCAAGCAGGACCCAGACAGGGGACAGCAGUAGCGUCUCCUCCUUCAGCUACCGGGAGAUCUUGAAGGAGAAGGAGAGUUCAGCCAUCCCAGCCAGGUCUGUAUCCAGCAGUCCUCAGGCCCAGCCCCCUCGGCCAGCAGAGCUGUCAGAUGAGGAAGUGGCUGAGCUGUUUCAGAGGCUGGCCGAGACUCAGCAGGAGAAAUGGAUGCUAGAGGAGAAGGUGAAACACCUGGAAGUGAGCAGCGCCUCUAUGGCGGAAGAUCUCUGCCGGAAAAGCGCCAUCAUUGAGACCUACGUCAUGGACAGCCGGAUUGAUGUGUCUGUGGCAGCAGGCCACACAGACCGAAGUGGGCUGGGCAGUGUCCUGAGAGACCUAGUGAAGCCAGGCGAUGAGAACCUUCGAGAAAUGAACAAGAAGCUGCAGAACAUGUUGGAGGAGCAACUCACCAAGAACAUGCACUUGCACAAGGACAUGGAAGUUCUAUCCCAGGAAAUUGUGCGGCUCAGCAAGGAAUGUGUGGGGUCCCCUGACCCAGACCUAGAACCUGGAGAAGCCAACUAAAGACCUACAGGCUGCAAUUAUUCCCAAUCCUUUCCAGAAUGUCACUCACUCCCUUGGGCUGUUGUGGGAAAAUAAGGAGGAUGGCACCAAAUCUCAUAGUUUGGGAGACGGACAUUAAAGGGGCUAGAGGCCUAUAUGUGGCUGGUGUUGGUAACCCUGAUGUAUGGCAGACCCCUUGGGGAGAAGAGCACCUGAGGGAAGGGCAGGGGGGUUUCCUUUUUGGCUCUGGUUCCCAGGGUCAUCUGUCUUCAACUCUGCAUGAGAUCUCCCUCCUAGAGACCAACUCUGUUUCAUUUUAUUUUAUUUUUUAAUUUAUGUCUGGAAGCCUGGCUAAACUCUGCCUUCGGGACUGGGGGUGUUGGGUGGGGGUACAGUCCAUGUUCAAUGUUCCAGCAACGUGUGUAUGUGUGUGAGUGUGUGUGUAAAGGCUAUGUGGCCAAAAUAUCAUCUGGCCAGACGGGCCCACCCAC